UGAACGUCAGUGUACUGAAUGUUUACGUAUUUAGUUAAGAAAUUUGUGGCAAACUUGAUUUUGGCUCAGUAUAGAUUAAUACAAUUAAAAAUUUAAUUUGAAACUUUAGGACUAUAAAAUGUCCGUUUUGAUUUUUUUAUUGCCGUUGAGUGCAUCUCUGUGGGUUAUCGCGUCAGGGGGGUUGAUUAUGUACAAUACCCGGUCAUUUUUGUUUGAAGUAAUGGAAAACGACAUAUAUUGGGCUGACCUCCUCAACAUCGAAAUCAAAGUAGAGAUGUCGAUUGUGUCCAGCACUGCUCGAUUAGUGCUCGAAGAAAUGCAAAUGAUUCCUGUAACGAAUAAUGGACAUACGAGUCAACAUAUAAAAGGUGUCAAUGAUGGAGUAGCCGAUUCUCAAAACAAGAAGAACUGCAGUGGUGAUUCUAAUACAAAAUCAGAGAUGGUUAGUGAAAUAAAAUCACAUGUUCGUCCGUGGAUAAAUUUCUAUGAAGGUGAAAAUUCUCAAAAGGUCUGCAAGGAUGAUUGUACUCAAACGGGUCACGUAAAAUGCAAAUUCAGCCACAUCGUAAUACCCAAUGCUUUGCUUGUACUCACUCAUAUUAUUUCGAUGCAUCACAAGGAGAGUAACGCACUAGAAUUCGGUCUAGCUGUGAUUGCGUCCGCCAUCAGGUGUCAAAUUCUGCAGUUGUUUGCGAUUAUGUUAUGGGCAAUGAUUGGGACAUCAGAAUCCUAUAAUAAGUCACGGUAUAUUAUCUUCUGUAAUCAUCUGAAGAAUUACCUAGACAAAAUGGCCCGGUUAAAAGAGACUAUGACAGUCGAGUCCGAUGUAUAUUGGAAAUGGGUAACCGUCAUGGCACAUAGUGAUUUGAAUGUAGAACCGCCGAUAACUGGUGACCUGAAACCCAUUCAGAACCUUGUGAUUCAGAGUCUAAGAUCUUCAUGUGACUGUGAAAACUUUGUAAACAACAAAAUCACUGAAAUUUUGAAUUCGGAAACUGAUCCCGACCAUCCUUUAAACAAACAAUUGGUUUUUGACUACGCUCAAGAAUCUCUGGAAAAAUUGUUCCAACGGAUACCAAUCGGCACAAUGGAAAUGAAUCUUUGGGAUCAAUAUCUCAAUAAAGGUCAAGUCAAUUAUAAUUCUACAGCUCAUAAAUUUAUAGAGAUUACUAGAGAUGAUUGAUAAAUGAUUAAUUGUAUGCUAUUUUUACAGUAAUUGAUACUAUGGUAUAUAUAUUUGAUACUAAUUAAGUUUUUAAUGUCAUAUAUUUUAUUUAAAUCAUAAACCUAUUUUACUUGUUUUUUUUAAAUAUUAAAAUGUAUAAUAAAAACAAUAUUAUAACAUUAAACACAUUAAUA